GGGGUCAUGGGGUACCCUAUGCCUCCCCUCAUGCUGCUGCUGCUCCUCGUGGCCCCCGCGUCCCCUUGCUUCACGGUGCCGCCGGACGCCUCGGCCGAGCUGGACUUGAGCAACAGCAGCCACGGAUGCCCCGAGCUGGACUGGAGGCUAUUCGCGGGGCAGCGCCUGCUGCGGCUGAGCCACAAUGGCAUCGUGGGGCUGUGCCCCUCGUCCCAGCUGGAACCAGGGCUGGAGGAGCUGGACUUGUCCCACAACGGGCUGCGGGGGCUCCCGGCCGCUUUCCUGAGCCAGGCGCGGGGGCUGCAGCAGCUGCAGCUGCAGCAUAACGAGCUGCAGGAGCUGCCCCGCGACUUCUUCGCUAACGCCACGGCUCUGCAGAGCCUGAGGUUGGAGGGCAACCCCCUGCCCGCUGUGCCCCCCACCGCCUUCCAGCCCAGCCUGAGGCAUCUGACCGUGUCGUGCCGCUGCGACGUGGUUGGCAGCAUCCUGGCACCCUGCUCCUGCUCCCAGCCCGAGUGCGCCGUGCCCCAGUGCCUCUGCUUCAUGUCCUACAGCGAUGUCUGCAACGUCACCGAUUUCUACACCAGGGAGUGUGGCACCAGCGUGGGGCUGGCAGCCGGCUUGGCAGGGGCCGCCGCGGCGGUGGCCAUCGUGCUGCUGGGCACGGCCGUGGCUUGCUACCGGUGGAGGAAAGUGGCCAUCGGCGCUACCGGGGUGGGAUGGGGCAAAAGGGAGCCUGCCACGGCCCACGGGCAACCUCGCUACAUCAGCCGAGCUGCCGAGCUGGGCACCACGGAGCUGGGCACCUCGGAUGUUGUCACCGCACCGGACUAUGAGAACGUCUUUGUGAGCCCCUGCGCGGCCCCGGCCGCUCGGAGCUGGACGCCGGGAUGGGGGCAGGAGCAGCGCUACAGCCCCCAGGUGCCAGUGGACGAUGACUAUUUCCUGGAGAGCCGGGGGGAGCAGCCCAUCUACGCCAACACGCAGAGCCCCAGCGAGGACAACCUCUACAUCGUCCCUGACCGGCCGUGAGGGGCUGGGGGUGCAGCUCAGCUCCCCACCUUCUUGUGUCCUCAGGACCUUCCCUGGUGCCCCCCCGCAGUGGGGACAGGGAUGGACUCUUCCCAUGGAUGUGAGCUCCCCGGGUCCCCCCAUUGCUGGGACAGGGACAGGCACGGUCCCCACGCACACAUCCUGCCGGGGACACCUUUCUCAAGGCGGGGGUGUGUGGAUUUUUAAUGCCCCCCUCUGGCCCCCUCCUUUGCCCCAGUUCCCACCGUAAGGCGAGGGC